CAUGUGGUAUCCUUUCCCAGUGCUCAUGCCAUUACCUCUGUCGCCGGAGCCACAGCGUCCAUCAGAUAUUUCACAGACACCCUGUGCAUCAGGGAUGAUUCAGAUACAUAUGGUACCUUAUGAACAACGUUUCUUUCAAACUGCAAUGAACGGGUUGGCUGGUAAGUCAGGGGGGGAGUGCUUUUAAAUAUGCAGAAAUCGCUCAGCCAUUUUCUGGUUGCCAAAAUUCGAAUAGUUCGCCUAAUUUCGUUUGUGACAAAACAAGUAAUGGAUAAUCAUUGUACCAUCCAAACCGCUGUGAAAUAUAUUUUAAUUAAAUACAAAUAUUGUAUUUUAAGCUGUUUGAAACUGGUGUACAAAACCUAAAGUAAAAUAUGCACAAAUUAAAUUUAAGCAUGGGAAGCAUAGAAAUAGAACAGAUCUACCGCUUCUUAGACUUGCUUUCAAUGAGAAUGACAGAUUUAUAACCCAUAUUUCUAUGUGAAUUUGGUCAGGUUACCCAAAAAGUUACAUAUUGUUUAAAACACUAUCCUCCAAGUGGUGCAGGGGUCUAAAGGCAUCUGUCCCAUUCUUCCCAGUCAAAACAGUUUGGAAGAGUUUGUGCAUAUAUUAUGAUAUUUUGCAGUAUUUCUCAAUGAAAGAAUUUGCAUGAAAACGAGUCUGUGAUUGGUCAACAGUAGGGAUUCUUCAAUAAAGGCUUUGUUGUCAUUCAACAAGAGACAACUUGUUUUCAUGUUUUCGUUGAGAAAUACUGCAUCAAACAUCUUAGUUAGAUAUAAAAUUGUGUGACUAAGAUUUCUUGAGUCAUCUUAGAUUAAUUCAGACUAUUUUGAGGAAGUGUAUACUGGCUAUGGCGUCUCAAAAUGGACAAACGGUACGCUUAAACAAAAAAAUUUAAGAGCGUAUGCAAGCACACUUGUUCGGUUCCUCGGCUAGGCGCCAGCCGAACUGAAGCAUGCUGACGCCUUAAGGCAUUUCAGCCUGGGGUUCGAUCCGUGACCGGGAGCCCCAUAGGGCAGCGCACAAUAGGCUCAGCGCCGUUAGGGGAUGGUUUGGCCAGGGGGCUUUCCUUGGAUUAUCACGCUCUAGCGACUCGUUGUGGGGGGCCGGGCGCCUGCCAGCUGACUUCGGUCGUCAGUCGAACUGUGUUUCCUUCGACACAUUGGUGCGGCUGGCUUCCGGGAUAAGCGAACAGUGUUUUAAAAAGCAGCGCGGCUUGUCGGGUCAUGUUUCAGAGGAUGCUUGUCUCAACCUUCACCUCUCCCGAGCCCGUUGGGGAGUUACAGCAAUGAGACAAGAUUGUAACUACCAAUUGGAUAUCAUGAAAUUGUGGAGAAGAAUUUGUUUAAAAAAAUAAACACUAUCAAAGUAAUAAGCACGAGGGAUGCUUCCUCUUACAACACAAAACUCAUAAUCAAUGGAAUGCCCUUUCACUUUUUAACUUGAGCUUUCCAAAUUCAUUACAAAAUAAUUAAUAUUAUGUCCAACCCAUUUAUGUAUUCUCCGUCAUUGCCUUGGGAAAUUACAUGCAUUAAUAAUGUGCCUUUACCUCAAUACAGCCCCUCCGUCUUUGUUGAUAGAGGACUGCAGGAAAUUCCUUCUCAACAGGUAUAGAUCAUGUCUAUCAGUCCCAGCACAUUCUUUAUACUGUAAUGAGAGAAUCAAGAACAUGAAAUAGUCUAUUGUGCAUCCCAUUUCUCCACCCUUCUGCUGAAGUGUGCACUUGCACACUCCCUGUCAUGGAUUUAAUAAUGGUGGAAAUUCUGUCUAGCCAACACUUACACCAAUCCAAUGCUUUUAAAUCCAAGACUGGGAGUGUACAAGUGCAUACUUUGGGAGAGGUUUGGAGAAUCAGGACGCAACCUAGGUCUAACUCUGCAUGUUACAGGUCUGUGUUUGACCUGGUGAAAGUCACCCAUUUCCUUGAACUGACAGACCCCAAGCUGCUGGGUUGGUACUUAUCCCUGCCUGUGGAGGACAGGAAGCUCAUACAAGGUACAGUAGGGACCAGGGAAGGUUGUAUUAUAGAGAAACAAAAGCUCCCAAUAGUGUCCUUACAGUUUUGCCGUCAAAUUACAAAACAGUUGUAUAGAAUCCCUAUCCAGGGCCACCAAUUGACUGUAAAAUAUUAAUCCAAUUGACAGCCUACUUUCUGUAGUCUCAGUGAAAACUGAGCAACGGAUUAGUUGUCUUUCCCUUUCAACUUUCUGUUCCACAGAGGAAGGAGGACUCCAUCAGUUUCUGCAGAGGCAUCCUGCUCUGGAAGUAGCCAGACAACUGGUUUAUGUUAAACGUGAGUUAUGGCUCUGCUUGACUUUAAUCUAUUUUCUGUUGUAACCCUGGUUGAAUUAUCCUUGAGCACUGGCGUAUCAGUGCUCAUAGCAUAUGAACACAUCAUAAGCCAUGGCAAAAUGUUUAGAAUUACAGGAAAUUAGCUUUAAAACUGCAAAAUUCUCUCUCGGCCUUAUGGCAAAAUGUGUAGAUUAGCAGGAAAUGUGCUUUUAAAACUGCUAACUUUUCUUUCAGCCUCAUGACAAAAUGUGUAGAAUUACAAGAAAUGUGCUGUUUCCACUCCAAAUUCUUUUUCUUCUGAGAACAUGGGCCCUUGCUUAGACCUUGCAGGGGGCCUCGUGAAACUGCAGUACACCGCUGUCCCUGAGCCUACAUAUCAUACUCACAUAUACCGCUAUACUGGCUUUACUCUGUAUAUUUUACUCAAUUAAUAGUUGUAUUAUACUUUUAUAUCACUUUAUAUUUGAUAACAUUAGUUUUUUUCAAAAUUGUAUACAGAACAGGUGAGAGGUUGCUGGAAACCUCCUGCUGUUACGCAGACGAUGUCAUCAAACCUAAACAAGUAUGUUCUCUCUCCUGUCAAUUCAGAUAACUACAUUUGUUGGUCACCAGGUGUGAUUCUACAACCAGUAGUUGUCAUAAAUUUAGCAGGGUAAAAGCUACCAUUGUAUCCUGUUCUAAUUUCAUAUCUGCUGUUCUCAGAUCCAGAAGGCCCACAUUCUAUGGUGUGAUUCAGUGUCCCAACUGUGGAACCAGUUGUUCCUCUGGAGCUAAGAUAUGCCGACGCUGUAGCACACCUAUCCAGAAGGAGAUCCCGGCAUGCCAGUCAGGUGUGGUUUUAAAAUGAUAAUUGAAAACAUACUGUUAUAUUUGCAUUGUAUGGACAUAUUUUAUGUCUCGGAAGGAACAUGCCCAUUCAUAGUCAGUCAUAUACUACUGCACAGUCAAUGGGUAAUAUUAAAUGUCUCUCAUUCCACACUAACAGCCAAGUAAUAGUAGCAGUAGCUACUACUUUAUGAAUCCCACAAAGUUACAUUGAUUUCAUCACCACAACAGAAGUUGUUUUGUUUAGCUCUAUUGUUUCUUUAUUUUGAUACAACCAUGUUAUUGUCUUCCUCAUAGAAGAGGAGAAAGAGUUAGGUCUUCUUCCCAACAACCUGAAGGAGGAGCUAAAUCUGUUCAACUGUUCAGGGAACGGAGUCCAGUCAGUCCAAGUCCACCACCAGGUGGCAGCAGGAGCAGUGCAGCAGUUCAGGAGAUGUCAGCCUCAGUCCUUUACUACCACUACCUUCCCAUCCACAGCAGUGGGCUGUCUGGUCAACCUUCAGGAUAGCUUCCAGUCAGCCUGUGGUGAUACCAGCGGCGGCCAUAUUGGAGCCACAGAGAAUUCUCCAGGCCAACAGGAGGCGCACUGCUCCAAGGUCCAGCUGUGGCAGGAUGGCAACAACCGCAGUAGUGUGGUGGUAUGUAAGGAUCCGUCCGCCCAGGCUAACUUCUCUUUGGAUAUGGAGCUGGAGAUACAAAGCCAGAGAGGAAUUAACAGGAGCCAGUCUACCAUCGAAAGCCAGGAGGGUGAGUCCAUGGCCAACUCCAAGUCCAUGCAUGACCAGACGGCAGACUUCCCCAUGUUGGACCGGGAGACUCCUCCAGAGUACUACAGCUUCAAUAGCACAAGGAUGGACCGCACAGAGUGGAACGACACCAGCAUCAACACCAGCCCGUCAGCGGAGCCGGACCGCGACGACUCACUAUCACUCAUGGCCACCAUGGGGAGCACUGAGCAGCCUAGCGGAGCAGAGGAGGCGGAGACACCUGAAGGCAGUAUGGUGUCUUCCUGCGCAGGAGACCUCAGCGAGUACUGUGAUUGGACCUACGACAACUUCCCCGGCAACCUAGCAAAUGAGGAAGAGGCCUCAAGAUGCGAGCUAGAGAAUGAUGGCGUCGACUACCAGAGCAUCAUGGAAGAGGAUGGGAGUAUUCUCAUGUAUAAAGCAAGUAAUGAGGGGACACCUAACUUAAACGCGACACGCCCACAAGGCCAAACCCAGAUGGACCAGUCCGGUUGGUCUAGAGAGAGUCUCAGUGCACCCCAGACCCCGAAGAAAGAGGAGCAGUCCAUCUAUGAGGAGUCCUUUGUGUCCAUAAGCCCUGGUGGGGCGGCGGCGGCGGCCGUCGUGACCCCCACACAGCAUGGGAACGGUAUGUCUGUGUCCUCUCUAGUCAACCUGAACCAGACUUUUGAUAUCUCUCCUUCACGGGUCACAGAAGCUAGACUGAGCACAGCCGACCAUUCAACAAAUACUUCGCCUGCCGUCACCAAACAUGACAUCUUGGUUGGUAUUGACCACAGUCUAACAGGCUGCAACCAGAACACACAAACUCGGGGCACAACUACAACUGACAAGUAUGUCAUCACUGAAGUCCACAUGGCAGACCUGGACUAUCUCACUGAGGUACAUUACUGUUAACACUCCUCCUGUAAUGUUUAUAGUUGUCAUUCAGAUUUCCUUUUUAAUGAAAUACAUUUAUUUCUUCAAUAUCUAAAUGUCUUUAAGGAAUUCAUCAAGCUGAAAUUUGCUCAAGAGGAACUGAAAGAGCUGAAAGAGAAAAUGGCAAGGUAUUUUAGUCUCACUAAAUAAAUACACUUUUCUUUCUGUUAUCUGUUAUACCUCCAUUCCGGAUUUAUUUGAGAUCAUGAAAAUCUCCAUGAUUCUAUUCUUCCAUCUGCUGAAGUGCUGACCUUGGCUAUGUCUGUUGCUGCCUGUAUCAGCUCUGCAGGCGGUGUGAGUGUGAGAGAUGGAAGAGGCUGCGGUGACGCAGACCGUGGUGAAUGUGACUGUGUCCAGCGUGCCAGGCGGGCAGAGCUGAGCCUGCUGGCCCUGCAGUAUUGGAUGUGCCAACGGCACUGCUGGAGUCGCUACUACACCUCACCCGAGGGAGACCGUCUGGUCCAGGGGUAAGAGACAGGACAGGAGGGAUGACAGCUUGGCACUUUACAAAGUUGGGCAGAACUCAGUCAUAUAUCAUUUAGGUCCAGGGUAAGGGACAGGACAGGAGACAGCAGGGCACCUUACAAUUAAAACUCAUUAAUUCAUUUAUUCAUUAGGUCCAUAUAUGAGAGGGUUAAAAUAUAAUUGGACAUGUGGUAUCUGUUAGUGUUAUGUCUAUCUGAUCAUGCAUGUUAAUCAUUCACAGUUAGCCACUAUAAUGGUAAUGUAGCUGUUGAAUACACCUUCCCUGUUAUGGCAGCUCUAAAAAGCCCCAUAAUCUUAGUCCAGGAAAAGGCUUAAUCUGGGUCCAAGAAACCAGCGCUAUAUUAUUACUAUGUUGACAUUCCAGUAUGUAUAUCCCCACCCCCCUGCCCUGUAGGACUGAGGGGCCUCCUGAGAGCCUGGUGAAGGUGCUGCAGGUCCUGGAGGUAGACUACAUAGAGAUGAGGAGACAGGUCCUGUCAGGUAUACCCCUGGACCAGCUCAGACCCCUGUCUGUCGACUCCCAGAGGAUCACCUCAGGGACCAGCUACGUCCCCCAACAGGUAAGCUGCUCCCUCUGGUACCCUUCCUUCCUCUCAGUACAUUUAGGUUUGUACGAUGCAGGGUGGAUCUCAUGGUUGUUUUCCCCUUUUCAGAUAGUUGACGAGUCUUUGGGAAAUGCUCUGUCUGAGUAGGUAUUUGAUUAAUGAAAUAAUGAAUGAGUGAGUGAGUGAAUUAAUGAAUGAAGUUGAUUGUAUAAAUUGUUUUUUUCCCUAUCCUCCAGUGCCUCAGAUAGGAGCUCCCAGCAGUUGCUGGUAGAGGAUGCCCGCGUAGAGGACGUCAGUGUAGUUGGUGAAGGAGAUGGAGAGUUAAACAGACUGGUGUCCCAGUCUGUUUUAUCAGUCCUUGGACAGGAUGAUGGGAUGGUUGGCAGGAUGAAGGCAGAAGGGCCAGUUGGUAACCCCAAGGCUGAGGACUGCAGGUCUGGGAAGGCGGUCACCCUCCUCCCCCAGCAGCCUGUGGUCAACCGGGGGCCCAGGCCAGGUAAUGAGACCUAUUCGUUCAUUCAUCCAUGGUUUAUUUGAAUAGGGAGGGAUAGGUACAGUGAGGGGAAAAAGUAUUUGAUCCCCUGCUGAUUUUGUACAUUUGCCCACUGACAAAGAAAUGAUCAGUCUAUAAUUUUAAUGGUAGGUUUAUUUGAACAGUGAGAGACAGAAUAACAACAAAAAAAUCCUGAAAAACGCAUGUCAAAAAUGUUAUAAAUUGAUUUGCAUUUUAAUGAGGGAAAUCAGUAUUUGACACCCUCUCAAUCAGAAAGAUUUUUGGCUCCCAUGUGUCUUUUAUACAGGUAACGAGCUGAGAUUAGGAGCACGCUCUUAAAGGGAGUGCUCCUAAUCUCAGCUUGUUACCUGUGUAAAAGACACCUGUCCACAGAACCAAUCAAUCAAUCAGAUUCCAAACUCUCCACCAUGGCCAAGACCAAAGAGCUCUCCCAGGAUGUCAGGGACAAGAUUGUAGACCUACACAAGGCUGGAAUGGGCUACAAGACCAUCGCCAAGUAGCUUGGUGAGAAGGUGACAACAUUUGGUGCGAUUAUUCGCAAAUGGAAGAAACACAAAAUAACUGUCAAUCUCCCUCGGCCUGGGGCUCCAUGCAAGAUCUCACCUCGUGGAGUUGCAAUGAUCAUGAGAACGGUGAGGAAUCAGCCCAGAACUACACGGGAGGAUCUUGUCAAUGAUCUCAAGGCAGCUGGGACCAUAGUCACCAAGAAAACAAUUGGUAACACACUAUGCCGUGAAGGACUGAAAUCCUGCAGCGCCCGCAAGGUCCCCCUGCUCAAGAAAGCACAUAUACAGGCCCGUCUGAAGUUUGCCAAUGAACAUCUGAAUGAUUCAGAGGAGAACUGGGUGAAAGUGUUGCGGUCAGAUGAGACCAAAAUCAAGCUCUUUGGCAUCAACUCAACUCGCCGUAUUUGGAGGAGGAAUGCUGCCUAUGACCCCAAGAACACCAUCCCCACCGUCAAACAUGGAGGUGGAAACAUUUUUGCUUUGGGGGUGUUUUUCUGCUAAGGGGACAGGACAACUUCACAGCAUCAAAGGGAUGAUGGACGGGGCCAUGUACCGUCAAAUCUUGGGUGAGAACCUCCUUCCCUCAGCCAGGGCAUUGAAAAUGGGUUGUGGAUGGGUAUUCCAGCAUGACAAUGACCCAAAACACACGGCCAAGGCAACAAAGGAGUGGCUCAAGAAGAAGCACAUUAAGGUCCUGGAGUGGCCUAGCCAGUCUCCAGACCUUAAUCCCAUAGAAAAUCUGUGGAGGGAGCUGAAGGUUUGAGUUGCCAAGCGUCAGCCUCAAAACCUUAAUGACUUGGAGAAGAUCUGCAAAGAGGAGUGGGACAAAAUCCCUCCUGAGAUGUGUGCAAACCUGGUGGCCAACUACAAGAAACGUCUGACCUCUGUGAUUGCCAACAAGGGUUUUGCCACCAAGUACUAAGUCAUGUUUUGCAGAGGGGUCAAAUACUUAUUUCCCUCAUUAAAAUGCAAAUCAAUUUAUAACAUUUUGUGCAAUUUUUAACAUGUGUUUUUCUGGAUUUUUGUUUUGUUAUUCUGUCUCUCACUGUUCAAAUAAACCUAACAUUAAAAUUAUAGACUGAUCAUGUCUUUGUCAGUGGGCAAAUGUACAAAAUCAGCAGGGGAUCAAAUACUUUUUUCCCCUCACUGUACAAACACAUUGGCUCAUUGAAUGUAUAAACAUAGAAUGCGUUGCACUACAGUGUUCCACAGUGUUCUCAAAGCUGGUUCCUAUCCACCUGGUUUUCCUAACUCACACUCAACAGGUGGAACCAAAGACCACAACUCUAGCGAGGCGUGGUACGAUGCAGAGGAGGACCUUGAGCCUGAUGGUGUAGAGCUGAAGGAAGGAGGUCUGGCUGAGGUCCCGGAGGAGGAAGGAAAUGGCAAGGAUAGGUUUGAGGGAAAAAGCUGCAUGACAGACAGACCUCAAGAUUUUGAGUUUCAAAUGUUUCACUGUGUGUUGUUCAUAAUUUGACUGAAUCUUGCUGAAUUUGAUAUUUCGGUAACACUACCUACUGGUACAUAAGGAUUUCAUAACCCACACAUAACAAGUUCAUAAACAGUGUUUAUAAACAUUAAUUUAUAUAUUUCUUUAGGAGUCGUUGGGGAGAAGGAUCAGAGCUCCUUCCUGUGUGUCACAGACCUACCCAGUGAUGUAACGGAGGUAAGCCUCAGCAUGUGACAAUGUUUAUAACUCAAUUCAUCUUUCCUCGAUUCCUUGCAUCCGUUGCAUCAACCGUUUUGGAGAAGGUCCAAGGUCCCUUCCCUUGGACCUUCUUCUCCAAUGCUGUUUGAAAGGAGGCAAGGAGAUUGGAUGUGAGGAAUCAGUGAUAAAAAUGGGAAAGUGUGAGGAGUGAUCUGGCCACCAGGGGGCAACAUACCCUAAUAUAACUCCCCUAUCUGUCUGUCUUCAUAGAGAGAAGUAAUGCUCUGGUUUGAGAAGUAUCAAGCAUCUGAAGUGAGCAUUUCCACCUUCAGCAACAACCUCCGGUAAAAUAAAACCACAGUGACCCUGUAGAAUGAAACUUAAGUUAAUGAAUGUAUAAGCGUUCCAAGGCAACUGUUACAUCAAGAUUUCAGUAUAAUAACAUCAACAACACAGACUUUUGUAUAGAAUAUUGUCCCCUCACAUGAAGCAAUUGAGUACAUGUCAAUGUUAAGACCUUCUCUCUCUGUUCUUGCAGAGUUGCCAUAGUGACUGUGAGUGGUCCAAAGAUGGCUGACAGUGCAUUGAGUGAGAUGGACGGGUGCAAUAUGCAGGGACACACGGUGCAUGUGGUGCACAUCUGCAGACCAAGCCACACUGGGAGCCAGGGUCAGGGGGGGCAAACCCAGCAACAGCCUGGUCCCUCAGCCAGCACCAAGGCAGGGCCCUCUGGAGACGCCCCAGGCCCCCAAGACUCCAAGAGCAAAAACACCCAUAUCACCACCCCACUGAAGGUUAGGGGGAUGUUUCUCUGCAGUUGUUGUUUUGUAAUCAGGGAUUGUAGAUGGAAAUAUUAUUUGUUUUCAAUCUGUUGCAAUGCGUUGAAUGCUCCCAAGUUGAUUUGUCCAUAAUCAUUCCCUCUCUCCCAUGUCUUUGGUCUCUGAUCUCAUCUGGUGUCUCUCUCCAGCCCCUGCAGCUCAGCCUCCAGAAGAGGACCACCGUGUGUGACUCCCCCACGGCGUCGGGGACCUGUGUGCCCCAGCACUACGCCACCAUGGGUAGCUUCGAUACACUGAUGGCCCAGUUGUCAGAGCGCCACCCAGAGGCGGGGAGGCAGAGGAUUGUUGACGCCUUGCUGGAGCUGAGGGCCAAACACCAGGGGUUCCUCAGCGGCCUGCCUCUCAAGACCAUUGUAAACAUGACCUCUGACCUGCUGACACGA